GUUGCCUGCUGCUCUGGCAGAUUCUUUGGGGCCAGCAGCCAUGGAGCUGAACCGCAAAAUUGAUGACUUCAACGACAAGUUCAGCUUGGCAAUGUCACCCAGCAGGCCCGCAGUUGGGUCCCCCGCCAAGGCGACUGCUGAUGCACCGCGGACGAUGUGUCAGCCACAGUUUACUUCUGGAGAUCGCCCCAUCGACCCAACGAGAACCCUCAAUGUCACCACAUGCACCAAAGAUGAACUGGAAUUGAAAGAGUUGCUCGCAAGGACUCCGGUUUUGGGCCAGCCCAACCUUUGGGUUGUGGCUUGCAAGGAUUACUCCUUGUACGUGUUGAACCACUCAGAUUCUGAGACUGUGCAAGUCCCUGCUGGAGAGCUCUGUGGUUUUGGAGCUGGCACGUUCUCAGAAGUGACCCCAGGAAUUGCCCGGAACAACAAGGACCACAGUCUUCCAUGGCUGAUUGAUGCCGACACCCAGCUUCUCAUUUACACGGACACCGAGAACACAAAGAAACACUUGUGCUUGGCUCAAAUUGCCUGCGUUUGCUGCCAGAGCCGGGGCAUCACAGAGAUGACCGUUUUGGAUCACACGUUGGAGCAAAAAAACAAGGAUGAUGGAGCGCCCAUGGCAUUCAGAUAUGGAGUGACCCCGCUGCCAAAGAUCAAUGCCUUUGACCCGAAAGGGGUGAGCCCUGACCAGAACCUCAUGGACUUGCGGCCUACUGUGUUCGGCGCCGUUUACAAAGGGCAUUUCCGCAAAUUGCCAACGAGCAUGGCCACGGUGACCUGGGAGGCUCUUGAUUUUUGA